GUUUAAUUUCUGUCAUAGCUGUAUAUCCCUUGAUUCUCUCUAAAGAUCUCAAUUAUUGUCUAGGCCUAGUAUUUUACAGGAUCUGAUUAUGUUUAUUCAAUCCUAGAAUUCAGGGAUUUGAUACUUCUUGAUGUAUAUAUAUAUUGUAACUCUCUUAGUGAAAAAUACAGAAAACAUUUCAGAAUUUCUCUUGUAUUAUCUUGUCAUGGUAUCAGAGCCAAAAUUCUGAAAUCAAUUCAUCUUGUGUCUAGUUCCUUGUCUGGUUCUUCUAUUCUGUUUUUCUUGGACUUGAUCUCUUGGUUCUUGUUUCUAGUUAAAUCAUGUCUCUAGAACGAUCUGAACAUUUUCUUGUUCGAUUCACUGGAAAGAACUAUUCUGCCUGGGCUUUCCAGUUUCAGAUUUUUGUCAAGGGAAAGGAAUUAUAGGGUCAUAUUACUAGGACAGUUCCUGCACCUGACAGUGAGCAGGAAAAGGAGAAAUAUGUGAAAUGGGAGGUGAAGGAUGCUCAGAUUAUGUCUUGGAUCCUUGGAAGUAUGGAACACUCCAUGCUUCUCAAUCUCAAGCCUUACAAAACCUCUAGAGAAAUGUGGGAUUACCUGAAGAAAGUUUACAACCAAAGCAAUACAGCACGAAGGUUCCAAUUGGAACUCGAGUUGGGUCAACUCAGUCAAGGCAGUAUGUCAAUACAAGAGUUUUAUUCUUCCUUUGUAAAUCUUUGGGCUGAGUACACAGACAUUGUGUAUGCAAGUGUACCUCUUGAAGGACUUAUUGCUAUUCAAAGUGUGCAUGAGACCAGCAAGCGUGAUCAGUUUAUAAUGAAGUUAAGGGGGGAAUUUGAAGCAAUCAGGUCCAACCUGAUGAAUAGAGAACCAGUUCCUUUCUUGGAUAUCUGUGUAGGAGAGCUUCUCAGGGAAGAACAACGGAUCAUUACACAGGCUGUCUUGGAGCAAAAAGCUCAAAAUUCUGCUCCAAUUCCUGUUGCAUACACUGCUCAAGGGAGGUCUAAAGGAGGUAGAAAUAUGUCAAAUGUCCAGUGCUAUAGCUGCAAAGGAUUUGGGCACAUUGCCACUACUUGUACUAAAAAAUUCUGCAACUAUUGUAAGAAAACAGGGCAUAUCAUCAAAGACUGCUCCAUCCGGCCUCCAAAGAAAUCUGAAACUGCCUAUAAUGUUUCGGUUGGUUCCUCAAAUACUCCUAGUCCUGGUCAGUCCUCUAUUACCCCUGAAAUGGUCCAACAAAUGAUAGUUUCUGCCCUUUCUGCUUUAGGCCUUUCAGGAUCAAGUGUCCGGGAAGAUGAUCGUGAAGGGACCUAAAGUGGGACGCCUAUUUCCCUUGCUUCUAUCUCCCUCUCCUAUGUCAAAUUAUGUUGCAUGUAAUGCUGUUCAAUGUGAUAAUCAGAUGUGGCAUAGACGUUUAGGACAUCCUAAUUCUCAUGUACUUCGAGUCUUGUUUAAAUCUGGUUUACUAGGAAAUAAAAAUUCGACUUCUUCUAAUAAUGAUAUUGUUGAUUGUGCAUCUUGCAAACUUGGUAAAAGCAAAACACUUCCUUUUCCAUUGCAUAAAACCCGCACCACCAAACCUUUUGAGAUCGUGCAUACUGAUGUAUGGGGUAUUGCACCUGUCAUUUCUCAUGAACAUUACAGAUACUUUGUUACAUUUAUAGAUGAUUUCACUCGUUUUACUUGGGUAUAUUUUCUUCGAUCUAAAAGUGAGGUCUUCUCUGUGUUUAAAGCCCUUCUUGCCUUAGUUGAGACACAAUUUUCUGCCAAAAUCAAAAUUCUGCAAUUUGAUUCAGGUGGUGAAUAUAUGUCAAAUGAAUUUCAAUUUUUUCUUCAAAGUCAUGGGAUCAUAUCACAACGUUCUUGUCCUUUCACCCCACAACAAAAUGGUGUGGCUGAAAGAAAGAAUCGUCAUCUU